AUGAUGUGCACACGUGGUAAGGUCGUUCAAGCGCGGCUGAUUUGGACGGGCAACGGUUUUGAAGGACCAUUGCAGAUCCGUUGCGACUGUCAGGGAACUAUCACCGAAAUCGGCAAGGAUGUAGCAAAAGAUGAUGAAGAAGUCGUUGAUUUGGGCAGUAAAGUGCUUUUACCGGGAUUUAUUAAUGCACAUUCGCAUGCAUUUCAUCGACAGAUGCGUGGUCGCAGUCAGAUCGGCGCUUCAGAAGAAGAAAGUUUCUGGAAGUGGCGUGAAGAUAUGUAUGCUACUGUCGAAGAAAUUGAUUUUCAGAAAUUAUAUGAUUAUUCGCUGGCCACUUUUAAAGAAAUGAUAUCCGCAGGCAUCACCAGUGUUGGAGAGUUCCAUUAUGUACAUCAUGGAGAAAAACGAUUUGAACUCGACCAAGCAGUGCUUAAAGCAGCUCAUGAUGCCGGCAUACGUAUCAUCCUUAUAGAUACUCUGUACUAUAGGGGUGGAUUUGACGGAAGGGAAUUGGAGACUGCUCAAAAAAAAUUUGAGGCCAACUUUGACGAAUUUAUCAAGAGUUUCGAAGAUAUUCAGUCAUCUUUACUUGAAAACCAAUAUAGCAUCGUUGCAGCCCAUUCACUACGUGCUGUAUCUCUUGAAGACUGUAAAAAACUGACAAAGUGGAGUGCAGAAGCUCAUAAGCCUAUACAUAUACACGUUGAGGAACAACCCCAAGAAAUUAAAGACUGUUUAGCUUUUACGGGGAAAACACCUAGUGAUUUAAUCCUAUCUCAUCUAGCACCUUUUGGUGCAAACAUAACUGCUGUUCACUGCUCUUUUACUUCACAAAGAAAUAUGAUCUCGCUUGGAAAUGCCUCGAUCAAUGUUUGCAUCUGUCCUCUUACUGAAGGUUUUCUUGGUGAUGGAAUUCCGGAAAUAGUGGAGGAAAGUAGAAUUUGCAUAGGAACUGACUGUAAUAACCGGAUAUCAAUACUUGAAGAAUUGAGAUCAUUGACUUACAGCCAACAUACAAAGCGCAACUGCAGAAGUGUUUUUGGACUUAAUGCAAAAAAGUUAUUGGAAAUAGCGACGAUAAAUGGAGCGCGUUCUUUGGGUCUUCAAGAUAUUGUGGGACAGUUUGAAGUUGGAAAACAGUUUGACUAUGUUGCUUUCAAUUUGAAUUCACCAAGACUAAAGUCACAGCCUUCGGAAUUAUUAGAUGCCAUAAUUUUUGGCGGCGGUAAUGAAGAUAUUUCAGAAGUUUCAGUUUCAGGUGUUGUUGUUUAUAAAAACUAA